AUGCGUAUCACACUCGCUAUUCCAGGCUUCGCCGCCCUGGCGGUGGCCAUGCCUGCUGCUCGCCCUCAGGAGAUUGAUAUCAACAUGGUUCUUGCCGCGCCUGAACCAGUGACCUAUGACCCUGCUGUCGGAGUCACAGCUCAAGUUGUGUCCUACGAUUACACCUCUCUGAUUGCUCAGGCCACUGCUCCAGCCACCUCGGUUGCCAGUGAUGCCGCUGCCACUGCUACCGCCAUCGAGAAGAGAGGCGCUGCUUGUACUUCUUUGGCUCCUGGAGCAACCGGAGCCCCUACUUACUCUCCCGAUACUCCCUCUGCCUUUGCCUCGAACCCUGCCUUUGCUUCCAUCGCUUCCAAUGCUCCUGUUCCCAGCGGAUACACCAACACCUUCACCAACGUUAAUGCUUCCAACAGCGCAUACGGUUAUCUUGGCUUCACCACUCUCAGCACCUUCGAUACCGCCAAAUGUGCUGCUAAGUGCGAUGCUAUUUAUGGAUGCCUUUCCUUCAACCUGUAUUUCGAGAGAGACCCUUCGGUCGAUCCUGGUUCGGGUGCAUCUGGCUGUGAGAACCCUCCUUCCGUCACCUACAUCAAGUGUGUCUUCUGGGGUGGACCGGUGAGCAGGGCCAAUGCCAACAACUACGGACAAUAUCGCAACCAAUUUCAGGUCUUGAUUGCUGGAUCGAACGGCUACACUAACAACACCAUCGCUGCUGUCGCUGGUUACUCUGAUGCCAUCUACUAUGGAACUCACGCCAUUGACGCCCCUCUUGAUGCUCAAGGUUACAACACUUUCAUCACUAGCAAGAUCUUCUCUGGUCCUUUCGAUGCAAGACUCUGCGGUGCCGCUUGCGAUGCUCAGACUCAGUACGCCAUUGACAACCCUUCUGCCGACGGAACUCCCGCCAAGAAGUGUGUGUUCUUCAACACUUACAUCCUUAAUUUGAACGACAACAAGCACCCUCAGGGACAGUAUUGUGCUCUGUACACCGAGGCUUGGUCUUCUAAGUACGCCACCUCUUCUGGUUCAUCCACCAGCAGGUAUGUUUCGUCAAUCGUGAAUAUCUCUUUAGCAUAG